AUGUCGGAAACAAAUGAGGAUUUACUUACCUACGAUUUGGGCAACGAUGAUCCGGCUAUGCUCAACGAAGACGAACUGCUGCUGUCCGAUGAGGAGGGCGGCAUCAAAAUUGACCAGCAGGACGAGGAGUUUCUGUUGAGUGAAUCGGAAGAAUGGGUAAGCAAACAGCUGUCCACGCGAGAGUGUGAUUCGAUCGAGACUCCCGCCGGUGAACCUGUGAAGAUCGAACAUGAGCCGCCGCAGCGUCGAAGGGGAGGACACACGGCUGGUGCAGCUGAGAGCAAAGAUGCGGUAACCUGUGAGAACUCGAGCGGCGGUUUACGCGAACCGCACACCUCCGUGGUGGUUGCCAGCGCUGUGCACAAGGAACACCAGGAAGUAUCGGAUGCACGCACCGAAACCUCGAUGGCCUCGACGGCGGAAGAUAAUGACACCGAAGCGGAUUGUGCUGAUUCCGUGUUAUCACAAGAGACCGCUACAACGGACUCGAAGAGUUUGUCCUCGGUGGCAACGACUGCUGUAUCCGAGUCAAUGGUGGGCGGGAGUCAAAGGUCAUCGGAUUCGCGAGUGUUCGUUUCACCGGCCCGUUCGAACGCAGAAAGUAUGCGUACCACACUUAGCGGGGGAUCGACCCGAUCCGAACGGAUAGCAGCAAGCCAACAGUGUGAUACGACCUCAUCGGAAGAUGUGAACGAUUUAUACACGAGUGGGCACAAUCCGUCCGACCUGGACCAUUCCUAUGAUACGGAUGAAUCGAACGAAAAGCGUGGAUGGAAGAAUGAAACAAAGGGUCAAGAUCAGCGGCAUACGGCCGUGCAGCAACAGCUUCAUCACCACCAGCAACAGCAGCACCACCACCAACAACAGCAACAACAGCAACACCAUCAACAGCAACAGCAACAGCAUCUACACGGGCCAGGAAACCGACAACCACACCCGGGUGGCUUCGGAAAGCCGGUUCUAAAGCAUCCCCUGCUUGCUCCCGGCCAACAGCAACCACAUGCUGGUAUGGGCAAUCCGCUUCUCGGACCGCACGGUGGUCUAGCCGGAUUCGGUUUGCCACUCGGCGGUAACCGAAUCGACUUCCGCACCGGUGGUAACCGGCCACGGUUUCCGGUGCGGCCCAAUUUUCCCCCGGAAAUGAACCAGUACCGAGGCAUUGGCCGAAUGAACUUUCCUCCCGGUGGUCAUCCGCCAGGCGUACACCCUCCACCGGGUCCGAUGGGUCCUCGGGGUCUUGGAAUGCCGAUACCGCACCGUGGCUUUCCACAGCGACCACUUCCCUUUGAUAUGAUGCGACCGGUGCGACCAGGAGACCGGGCAGCGUACGAGGGAAUGCGUCUAAGACCAUUGGUGGCGGCAAAUGCCGGUGGUCCUAUGUAUCGGGGUGCGGCACCGCUGAACGGGCCGACUACUGGUGGUACAGGUGUGCAGCCGGGUGGCCCGAGACCAGCUCCUGGUUCAAAUGGCCCCCAGUUUGGACCGCACCCAUCGCAAAUGCAACCGAACCAAUCGGUCCCGGUGGGGCAGAUAGGUGGACCAAAUGCCGCAGCUGUUGGUGGGGUAUCUGUGGCUCCUCCUCAGUCGCUGCUUUCCGGCACUUUCGAUCCGAUGUCGGUGGGAGGAAAACCGUUGCCAGCAAUUGUGACGCCAGCCGUAGCUCCGUUUCCACAAAAAGUCCUGAUCAAUCCUAAUUUUAAGGGGGGCGUCGAAGCCGUGAAGAAUCAGCUGAUGCGCGAUGCUGCUCUCAACUCGCAGCAGUUCGUUGCCAGUGUUAGUUCCGUCGGCCGUCAGGUCAGCGAUGAGGAACUGUUACGACAGCAGGAAGAGUUCAUCAACAAGAAUCGUAUCGAGGUGGAGAAACGGCGCCAAGAGCGGUCACCGUCGCCGUCGCGAGAGCGCGAUCGGGACAGGGAACGUGAACGAGAACGCGAGCGGGAUCGCGCUCGAUCACGUGAAAGAGAAACGCGGGAACGGGAGCGAGAACGGGAGCGUGAUCGCGACCGAGAACGAGAACGAGAUGUACGAUCGCGCGAUCGAGAAACACGGGCACGCUCUCGUGAUCGUGAAUACUCACCCCGGCGAGCGUAUCACAGGGCAGCCCCAGGUGGCGAAAGCCGUGAGCGAGAAUUGGCGGGAAGACCGAGACGAAACUUUGGCCGCGGUAGAAAUGAGAGUCGCGAACGUGACGAUGAUCAUCGGUUCCCGAAGCGUCGAAAGAGCGGUGAUUACGGUGACAACCAUCGCGGUAAUCACGAGCGCAACGACGACGAUGAGGAUCCGGAAACGAGAGCGUAUCGUAUCGAGAUCGAAAAGCAGAAAGCGACACGGGAGAAGAUGCUGCGCGAAAAGGAGAUGCGCCGCAAGCGGGCCGCUGAGGAGAAACUGAAGAGUCGCUCAAAUGAGAGUAAGCCACAGGAGAAUACUCCACCGAAACUCACGCCACUGGUGGUAACGGAGAAGAAAAUUAUUACGUUGAAAAAGAAACCUGAUCCAACGACGGUACCGGCAACGUCGACCGAUGAUGAAAUGCGUCACCGCCAUGCGGACACGGAGCGUGUCGCUCAUCAUGCGACUAGCAAAUCGAAUGAACAGCAACACCAUGGGCGAGAUGGUGGUUCCCGUGGUUCCGGUCGGUCGACUGCAAAUGAUUUGCACGAAUCAAACGAAGCAUCGACCACCACUCCCGUGGACAGCUUCCAACGGCAGCGUCAAAAUAGCGAGCUAACGUCGGAAGCGAUUGAAUUGGAUCUGCUCGAGGAGCUUCUGUUGCGUGAACCCACUCCCGAACCGAUGCCGACGAGGCCGAAAACUGUGGUCACCACCACCACAACCACCAACAGUAGUCAGGUUACGACCACUACCAACACUACAUCCGCUCGAGCGGUUAUUGCAACUUCUUCAAGCACCGGAUCGAGUAACAGCCCCAAGGAGCGCAGCGGCGGAGCGAGGCGGAUCGUGCUGAAGCCGAUGGCAUCGGGAGCGGCGAAAAAGGAUCGACAGGAGGCGAGAAUCGACCAGCAUCAUCAGCAGCAGCAGCAGCACCAUCAUCAUCACCAUCAUCAGCAAUCGGCGACCGUCCUCAGUGGCAGCAAGCGACGAAUCUUCGAUCGGCUGGACAAGCGCAUCGGGGUGAAUGAGGCUGACAAACAGAAGAUUCAAAGGUUAGUCAAGCAUAAUUAAGCCAACCAAGCAAUUAUGCGCGCCCCUUUCCAAAAUUCCAUAAGCAGAUUCAGACUACCCGUGACCCGUUUUUGGUCCCACUUUCCCGCAGACGGGAAGAGCCCUUUAAACAAACACAUUUUUGAGCACGCGAAUCGAACGCUCGGUUCGCGGAGAUGUGUAUUUAGAACAGUAAUAUUAGAAGCAAAAGUGAAAGCAUUAGUUUACAAGUGACGCGUCGCCUCUUUCCGGGUAACCUUUGGUUUCUCUACGUUUCACUAUAGUAAGUUCGCUACUAACGGUAGGCGCCUAUUUCUUCUUACUAGUAGAGGGAAACACCGCACGAAUUGUGUGCGUUUCUAAUGUCGACCUUAGUUUACGCAGAGACAUUGCGUAGAAACUGUUUAUUACUCUCUUUUCGUAACACAAGCUGCUAUGUGGGACACACUAGGUUACGUUUAAGGCAUUAUUGGACCACUUCUGUGGACUAAGUGGCAGUAGAAUUACGAUGCGCUUACCCUUUUCGAAUCCUUUUACCGAAGAUUACGCGAAGAUGAUGAUAAACCGUUUUGAAAGAUUGUUGUUUUUGGUUAACUGAUCAAUCAUGUUUUAACGUGGUUCUUAUAUGUUUGUCCCUCUUUUUAACUCUAAUCUGUAUUACUUUACUGAUAGGGAGCUUUCGUAGCUUCUUUCAAUUUUACCUUACUGACUAAUGAUGUUCGUUUGUUUAUUUUAAAAUCCAUGAUACGCAUUAUACGUUUGUGUAUUAUUUUAUCGAUUUUGACCUCUUUGUUUUGUUCCCCCUAUUGCUUGCCUGGGCGCUCCAAGGUUUGGCGAUGUCAGCCUUACCUUCUAAGCUUAGAAAAGUAUUCCAAAAAAAAUGUGUGUGUUUGUGUACUAGAAUUAGUGCAAACGCGAGUUGUGUAAAGAUUCAGAUAAAGUUAAUUUCUAGCUGUAUUAGGAAAAAAACACUUUCAACGUACGCACCUUCAAUAUUCACACCAUCACGUGCAAAGCGUGGUUAUCAACUGUUAACGACUGAAUGUAUUAUGUGUCAUGGCUUUCGAUUUCCGUUUGGAAACGUGAAAAAAUGUAUCCAAAAUCGUGCAAGGAAUCGGUGUGUUAGAGGCGGCUAGGAGAUCAGUGCUAAUGAACCGUGGUAGGAUAAAAUGGAUUGGAAAAUUAGGAAAGUGGUCAAAGUUUUUCCCGUUUUCUGUUUCCUCACAAUUUUGCGUCAGAAGCGACGUAUAUUUGCAAUUGGAAGGAAUAAAACAAAAGCACUUUCGACACAUACACACACAAACACACUAAUACACAUACCUAGAGAGGAGGACAAUUCCCUUUCGCUUUAAAUAUACUAGCUUUCGUCUCUUUCAGCAAUGAAGUACGAACUAAUUAAGGUGACCAAUAAAAUAAAGCAUAACAAACUGUUCAUUCAACGUACACGUAUGAGAAAAAAGAACAACUACACAAUCUAAUGUAGACGUGGUUUUUAUUGUGUAAAUAAUAUUAGUGAUGCUUUCCUAUUUUUUUUUUUUUAAAAGAAGGGAAGCUAUUAAGGUAUUACUAGAGUGCGCCACGCUGCAAAACGACGCUUGGCUGGUGGCUGUGCGACUGUUAUCUAUUCUCUCGUUACACUGUCGGUAGUUAUAGGUUAGCUUGUUUUCCAGUUUCUAGCUCGUAAGCUCUCGUUAUCCAAACUGUCGAAUCGUACUGAACACCGCGUGUAUGGGUGUAGACAUCUUGUACAGUGCUAGGUCGGUGGCUAGAGUAGAACUUUAUUUGAUUAAAUUGUUCUCGCUAAACUGUGAAGAAAUGCAGAAAGUAGCUUAGUUGACGCUUUCAAGUAGCGUUCUUGUCCUUUGGAGGUCUUCCAUCAGUUGCACAGACCACGAAAUGCGCAUGGAAUCGAAUUGAAAGUGACAGAAAAAGAAACAAUAGUACAAAUGUUGCCUGCGAGAAGCCGAAUCUUUCGGGUUCCCUUGGGGGAGAAGAACUGUUAAACACUAGGAUAAAACGUACAAAGCCAAACCACCACGAAAGACUGUGACCGGUGUUGCGAAAUAACGAAUAGUCUAAAGCGGGUUUGAACUGCAUUUAUUAUCGACGGAACUGUGCUCCUGCAGCUUGAGCGCGGCGGCAAGGUUUGUCGGUAGUUUUUAUUUCGCAUUUUUCGAAUCGAAGAACGAUCGCUAGAAUCGUUCAGAAAGGUCAUAAACUACACUAGGGACACGUAGCGCACAGUUGUACGCAUCGUGAGUUGUUGUAGAAACGACAAACAGCGGUAAACGUCUUUAUUCGUAAGCUUGCCACAAACAAACAUUGCCACAGACCGCAGGCCCAAAGGGUCGCAGAGAACAACAAUAACAGCACACGGCACAAUUUCAUUGAUUCAUGUACAAAGCGUGGUUGCGAGGCUCUUCCCUCAGGCUUGUUUUGCGCCGUGGUUCAGUAGCAGCAGACAGCUACUACGGAGUCGAAGGAACUGCUGGCUUAGUUUUACUAUAUAUAGUGUUCUGCCUUUAUCUAAUGCGCGCCCCUCAAAGAGAGGCAUUUCUCGCUCGGGGUGGUCUCGCUGCUCAGGAAAGGAAGUCGUUUGUGCGUCAAUUUUAGUUUUUUUUAUAAUUUAACGGGAAGGGUUCGUAGCCAGU